AUGAGCGCCUCGCGCUCACCAUCUCCAGAGAACGAUGUCUUUGCCAUGGCCACGAAUCUCGUUCCUGAACGGGAAAACAAAACCGCGGCAACCACAAGCCUGACUUUUGACGGCCUCCUACCCGACAGCGCUCCUCUGCUCCUCCAUGAAGACCUCCAAGAAGGAUGUGGUGGCCAACUGUGGCCCGCAGGCAUGGUGUUGGCCAAAUAUAUGCUUACAUACCAUAAGACGCAGUCUUUACUGGGGAAGUCCAUCGUGGAGAUUGGCGCAGGAGGCGGCCUUGUUGGUCUGGCGGUGGCUCUGGGUUGCGAGGUUGACACAAAGAUCUGGGUAACAGACCAAUUACCUAUGCUUGCGCUGAUGCAAAAGAACGUCGAGUUGAACAAGCUCGAGGCGAAAGUCGGUGCGGCAAUAUACGAUUGGGGCUCGCCACCACCUGCAGAUAUUCUUCGCAAUGGUACAGAACAGCCGGACAUCGUGCUGGCUGCGGACUGCGUAUACUUCGAACCCGCAUUCCCCCUUCUGCUGCAGACUCUAACCGACCUUAUUGGCCCUUCCACGACGUGCUACUUUUGCUUCAAGAAACGCCGGAAGGCAGACAUGCGCUUCAUAAGAGACAUGACAAAGAAGUUUGCCGUCGAACAGAUUUCGUAUGCAGGACGUGAUUCGGACCAAAGAGAAGGGAUUUUCUUAUACCAAGUUCGGAAAAAGGAAAAGACAAAUUCAGUGCAUUAG